AUGGAGUUUGAGGUGUCUUACACCUUAGACAAUGAGCAGCAGUUCUGGGAUGAACUUGAAGAGAUAGUCUCCGCACAAUGCCAGUCACACGAGCUCAUAGACAAUGCUCUACGGUCAUACUUGACCUUUGUCACCAAUUACAAGGGAGAAUACGUACAAACCGAAUAUGACAUCGCCCGCUGCUCAUACAGACUCCUCGAGUCCUCUCUCUUCAUCGAGAAUAAAGACUAUGUCCGCAGACAGAUUGUCUACAGCCUGCUGCAGGAAGAUUCCCCAGACACGUUACACCUAAUCAUAGCAUUUCUUCUCUUCGAUGGCCAGCAAAACGAUAUCACGUUCGAGAUGAUGAAAGAGGAGGGUGGGUUCCCAAGGCUGCUUGAAUUAAUACAGGAGGGAAGAGACGAUGAUGCGGGCUUGCAUAGAAUGCUGCUUGAAGUGCUUUACGAAAUGUCACGAAUACAGCGAUUGCGAAUAGAAGACUUAAUACUAAUCGAAGACGAAUUCGUUGCGUACAUGUUCCAGAUCAUCGAGGGCUUAUCCGACGAUGUGAACGAUCCCUAUCACUAUCCAGUCAUACGAGUCGUGCUUAUAUUGAACGAGCAAUACAUGUGCUCGGCUCACGACCCAAGCCCAAAUCAAACCACCUCGCCAAGUACACCUCUGACAAACAAAGUCAUGAAGAUCCUUUCCGCUCAGGGGUCCGCUUACAAGACCUUCGGUGAGAAUAUCAUCCUCCUCCUGAACCGAGAGAGCGAAACUUCCCUCCAGCUGCUCAUUCUCAAACUUCUCUAUCUCCUCUUCACCACACCGCCUACGUACGAGUACUUUUACACCAACGACCUCCACGUCCUCCUCGACAUCAUACUGCGGAAUUUGCUCGACCUUCCUCCUUCCUCUACCGCUCUACGCCACACCUACCUCCGCGUCUUAUACCCCCUCCUCGCCCACACACAGCUGAAGCAUCCACCGCAUUACAAGCGAAAUGAGCUGGUCAGACUAUUAGCUAUGAUGGCAGAGGACGAUAAUCAACAUUUCGGGGCUGUAGACGAGACGACAAAGAGACUUGUGGAACGUUGUGGCAGAGUAGGAUGGUUGAAGGAUGAGGAAGCGUCUGGCUCGAUUCCGACUUGGAUGAAGCAGCGAUUGCUGAGUGUCGAUCUGCCGAGCGCGAUGAAGAGCAGUCUCAGCGUUGUGGAGGUGACUACUCAGAGGGAGAAACCGGGGGUGAAGACUCCUAGUCGAACGGACGAUGACAGGGCGAAUGAAAACACUGGGAAUAUUGUGGACAGUUCAGGAACGAUCAAUAAUGGUGCGGUAACGGCUGGUAAUGAUGGGAUCGGGAGGGCAAUGGGUGUGGAGAAGAGCCCGUUCGAGGUUGAGGGAGAGGCGUAA